AUGAGAGAUAUUCAUUUCUGGGACAUGUGCCAGGGCCUAGGCGUAAGGCAGAAGUUCUCGUCGGUAAAGCAUCGACAGACCAAUGGCCAAGUUGAAGCCACAAACAAAGUCAUCUUCCAAGGAAUUAGGAAAUGGCUUGACCAGAAGAAGGGAGCAUGGGCAGACGAACUCGCAUCAGUCUUGUGGUCCUAUAGAACAACACCACAAUCCUCCACUGAGGAGACCCCUUUUCGACUUACCUUUGGGGUCGAUGCAUUGAUUCCCGUGGAGGUGGGGGAACUGAGCCCAUGGUUACUCCAUGGUGGAGUCGAAGAAGUUGUGGAGAAGGAUCUGGUUGACGAGACCAGGGAGAUGUCUCACUUGUCAGAGACGGCAUUGAAAUAG